AAUACUAAAUUGGCAACCAUGUUUCAGCAUCAUGUACGUCAGUACAGACUCAGCAAAUAUGAAAUAACAGACGGGAGACCUGAUAAGAUCUAAUGCACUGUGCACACAGCCAGGCAUCUGCUGGGGCGUAAUGGUUACUCCAAAAACGAUUAUAGCGUCGCGUUUGCAUCAUUCGCCAUGCGCAAACAUCAUCAUGCGCCUCCAAAAGUAUCUUCUUCGAUGAAGUUGUAUCGGAUUUAUAAAUGUGAUGAUCAAAGUAAUUCCAUCAGCAAGGUUGGCUCUACUGCGCGCUCCUCGGCUGUUUUGUGAUGGACUAAGCCACAAUGUCUCAGCUGUACUACCGCAGAUCGGACAACUCCUCGUACCGGGAUCGCAUCCCGCUGCGUAUAGUGCGCGCCGAGUCGGAGCUUUCGGUGCAGGAGAAGUCCUACCUCAGCGCUGUGGAGAAAGGAGACUAUGCCAGCGUAAAACAGGCGCUGGAAGAAGCGGAGAUCUACUUCAAGAUCAACAUUAACUGCAUUGAUCCUCUGGGGCGCACUGCGCUGCUCAUCGCCAUAGAGAAUGAGAACUUGGAGAUCAUCGAGUUGCUCCUCAGCUUCAACGUGUAUGUCGGGGACGCUCUGCUCCACGCCAUUCGUAAAGAGGUGGUUGGCGCCGUGGAGCUCCUGUUGAACCACAAGAAGCCCAGUGGAGAGAAACAGGUGCCGCCCAUAUUGCUCGACAAACAGUUCUCCGACUUCACUCCCGACAUUACCCCCAUCAUUUUGGCUGCUCACACCAACAACUACGAGAUCAUCAAGAUGUUGGUUCAGAAAGGCGUGACUGUCCCCCAGCCUCACGAGGUACGCUGUAACUGCGUGGAGUGCAUCUCCAGUUCGGACGUGGACAGUCUGCGGCACUCACGCUCCCGACUGAACAUCUACAGAGCUCUGGCCAGCCCCUCUCUUAUCGCCCUGUCCAGCGAGGAUCCGUUCCUCACCGCCUUCCAGCUCAGCUGGGAACUCCAGGAGCUCAGCAAAGUCGAAAACGAGUUCAAGGCCGAGUACGAAGAGCUGUCCCGUCAGUGUAAAUGCUUCGCCAAAGAUCUCCUGGAUCAGACCAGGUCCUCCCGUGAGCUGGAGUUGAUCCUGAACUACCGUGAUGAUAUCGACCUACUGCAAGAUGAGCCCACCAAUGAGCUGGCUCGCCUGAAAUUGGCUAUCAAAUAUCGACAGAAAGAGUUUGUUGCACAGCCAAAUUGCCAGCAGCUGUUGGCCUCUCGCUGGUAUGAUGAAUUUCCUGGCUGGAGGAGACGUCACUGGGCGGGCAAAUUUAUCACCUGUGUCUUCAUCGGCCUGCUCUUCCCUCUGCUCUCCCUGUGUUACCUGGUGGCACCCAAGAGCCGCUACGGUCUCUUUAUUCGGAAGCCCUUCAUUAAGUUCAUCUGCCACACAGCCUCAUACCUGACCUUUCUGUUCCUGUUGCUGCUGGCCUCCCAACACAUAGUCUCCAACAAUCCCGAUCGACAGGGUCCAAAGCCCACUACUGUGGAAUGGAUGAUCCUACCUUGGGUUCUAGGUUUCAUAUGGACAGAGGUCAAGCAGAUGUGGGAUGGUGGAUUUCACGACUAUGUCCAUGACUGGUGGAAUCUCAUGGACUUUGUAAUGAACUCCUUGUACCUUGCAACCAUCUCAUUAAAGAUUGUUGCAUUUGUCAAGUAUAGUGGUUGCAAACCCAGGGAAACUUGGGAAAUGUGGCACCCAACACUGGUGGCUGAAGCGGUGUUUGCCAUUGCCAACAUCUUCAGCUCGUUGCGCCUUAUUUCGCUCUUCACGGCAAACUCCCACCUAGGUCCUCUGCAGAUUUCAUUGGGUCGGAUGCUCCUGGACAUCCUGAAGUUCCUGUUCAUCUACUGUCUGGUGCUUCUGGCAUUCGCCAAUGGACUCAAUCAGCUCUACUUCUACUACGAGACCAGCGAUGGGAUGAAUUGCAAGGGCAUCCGAUGUGAACGUCAAAACAACGCUUUCUCAACGCUGUUUGAGACCUUGCAGUCUUUGUUCUGGUCUAUUUUUGGGCUGAUCAGUCUGUAUGUGACCAAUGUUAAAGCUGACCACAAGUUCACAGAAUUUGUGGGUGCCACCAUGUUUGGUACUUAUAACGUCAUCUCCUUAGUGGUCCUUCUUAAUAUGCUGAUCGCCAUGAUGAACAAUUCCUAUCAACACAUUGCUGACCACGCUGAUAUUGAGUGGAAAUUUGCCAGAACGAAGUUGUGGAUGAGUUAUUUCGAGGAAGGAGGCACCCUACCAUCUCCUUUCAACAUCAUCCCCAGUCCUAAAUCCAUAUGUUACCUGAUCAAAUGGAUUAAGGUGCAUAUUUUCAAGAGGAGGUCAAAGCGGACUGAGACUUUUGGGGCAUUAGGGAGAAGGGCUGCUGAAAACCUGAGACUCAACCACCAAUACCAGGAGGUCCUGAGGAACUUAGUAAAACGGUAUGUGGCUGCUAUGAUUCGAGACGCCAAGACUGAGGAGGGGCUCACAGAGGAAAACUUCAAAGAGUUAAAGCAGGACAUAUCGAGCUUCCGUUACGAGGUCAUAGGAAUGAUGAAGGGCAACCGAAAAAGUAUUCGCGCAAGUCAGAGUCCUGACACAGAAGCUGUUAAUGUGCCUCAUUCCGACUGUUUAUCCCAAUAUUCCUCAGCUCCAAAGCAGAGCAUUAAACCAAAUUUAUGUGACGUUACCAUAGUUCUUCAACAGCAAAAGUCUGAAGAGGCGAGGCGAGACUCUCUCAGCUGUCUGGCUAACGGCUCAGCGGUGGCUUUGGCCGACCCCACACCUGAAGAUAAAGCCAGGAAAGACUUCCCCAAGGAUUUCUCGGAUUUCGGGUUGUUCCCAAAGACGCGAAAACAAACUGGUCUUUUUCUCAGCCCAAAUAAGAUCUACUCACUCGCUGAAGAGGUAAGGGAAACCGAUUCUGACAAAUUGGACUGGAUAGGAGAGGAACCGGUUGAGAAGCCAUUGGCAGGAGAGGUUGAUAAAGAAAACAGAGAAUCGAAGUACCUGAUGGUGGACGAGGAAGGUAUGUUAGAAGAUCAAGAGAAAGAUGAACACUAGAUUAACUGUGUAUGUACUUUAACAGAGGAUUAUUUAAAUUACAAAUCUGAAGGAUUUGCACUGUCAGAGAUGGAGCUUUUGAGGUGUAGAUGGACCAAGUCGCUGGAUUUCCAAAAGGUUUGAGGUAUCAGAAGAUGCUGUUUGGGACUACAGAUGCCAGCAUGUGAAAGCACUAUAUAAGUACUUUAUAAUUUAAUUUUAUUUGGCACAUUUGAGCUGCUGCCACCAUGUUGAUUUUAACUGUAUACCAUUCCUGCACUCAUUUUAAGUCAUUUUUAAGUCAAAAUUACAAUCAGAGCAAUUGUUGAUUCAAGUAUUUAAAAUGUCCGUUGGUACAUUUAAAAUAUUUUUUGCGACAUAACCGCUAAUAUAGGUUUAUCAAGUCAUUGUUAAAAAAAACGGAAGAUUAUUUAUGCAGAUUAAAUGAAUUGCAUUUAGUUACGUUGCAAAUGUAUAUGACACAGCCAUUUUGCUUACAACUAUGCAAUAAAAGUAUAGAAUUAUG